AAUCCUUGGUGUUAUCACCACCCUAAAUAAAUGUACAAGACAUAUAUAAGCAUAUAAUGAGUAUGUUUGAAUUUUGGAUCCAUCUCGAAUACCACAAAAAUUAUCCGAACCGCUCGUCCAGUUCAAAAUGAUUUGGUUAGAGUUUUUGUAAAAAUUUAAUUCAAUCGAAUGUUGUAAAGUGAAUUACGAAACAUUCAACUUUAUUUAAAAAAAAUCCAGCCUUAGCGGCUCGGAUAUUUUUUGGGAUCCGGAUCCAAAAUCCGUAUGUAUGCUACAAGCCUAAAAUUAAAUUUUUUUUUUGAUCGAUCGGAAUAGUUCAAGGCUACAAGCCUAUAAUUAUAUGCGUACCUGUAGCAGCUCUGAUCCCAAACCCCCUCUCUCCUCUUCUUGCUUUUCUUGGAUUCGCCUUUCUCUCUCUCCCUCUCUAAAGUUUAAAUCCCCACUCCCCUCCGUCGGCGCUCAACCGGACCUCCAACAAUGGCGGCCGAGACCAACCACCACCACCACCACAACAACCUCAACAACUCACACACCACCAAGUCCAACAAAGAAGUCUCCACCAUGAUCAAGCAAGGCUUCAUCUCCGAUCCUUUCCUCCUAUCUCCCAAUCACUCCUCCCGCUCCCCCCAACCCCAACUCUUCUCUCUCUCUAGGGUUUCCCCCCUCUCCCCAAACUCCAACUCUCUCUCUCCUCCCCCCACCCCCACUCGCCCCACCCUCUUCGACAUGAUCUCCAACGACGACCACACCCGCCACUCCAGGCACUCCCUCGAGGCCCGCCAGAGGGUCUCCAGGGUUCUCGAGGCGGCGCCGUUUCGCAACCCGGGAAAUUGUGGCGGGUUCGGGGACGUCAAGCUGUCGAUCUCGGGACGGGACGGGUUUAGGGUCUCGAUGGACGUCCACCGGCGGGUGCUGGCGGAGAGGAGUCGGUUUUUCGCGGCGAAGUUGUUGAGGAGGGACGGGGUUGGGGGGGAAGGUGGAGGAGGAGGGGUUUUGCAUUCGGUGGAGAUUUGUGACUGUGAUGAUGUGGAGGUGUAUGUGGAGGCUGUGGUGUUGAUGUACUGUGAUGAUUUGAGGAGGAAGUUGGUGGGGGAGGAGGUGUCUAAAGUCUUGGGCUUGUUGAAGGUAUCUGCUGCAAUCAUGUUUGAUGCUGGAAUAAUUGCUUGCUUAGAGUAUCUAGAAGCAGUUCCCUGGUCUGAAGAAGAAGAGGACAAAAUCGUAACCCAUCUCACUGAGCUUCAGCUCCACGAUUCUGUAGCGGAAGUUCUGAAAAGAGUAUCAUCUGAUUCAUCGACAUCUUUAAGAGCUGAUAAUAUCUUUCUGAAGCUGUUGACAGGUGUUUUAGAGGCCAAGGACGAUAAAGCACGACGAGAAAUGAAAACCCUUAUUUCUCGGCUACUUAGGGAAGAGGCAUCACCAAACCAGUACAGUAACGAAAACAGACUUGAUGUUUCUAAAGACACACUUUACCACCUUUGCCACGGCUGUCUGAGUUCUCUAAUACUUAGCUUAUCUGAAGCCACGUGUGUGGAUGAGAGCAAGAAGGACCGAGGUGUUCUUAUGGGUGAGAUAGCUAGAGAAGCAGAUAACAUGCAGUGGAUAGUCGAAAUCCUAAUUCACAAAAAAAUGGGGGAUGAGUUUGUGAAACUGUGGGCGGAUCAAAAGGAGCUCGCUGUCCUCCAUUCAAAAAUACCCAUUAUGUACCGUCAUGAAAUUAGCAUGAUCACUGCACAACUAUGUAUCGCAAUUGGGAGAGGUCACAUUUUGGUGCCGAGAGAUAUCCGGUAUGCUCUGCUUUCUACGUGGUUGGAAGCUCUCUAUGAGGACUUUGCGUGGAUGAGGAGGGCCAAUAGAUCCAUGGAUAAGAAACUGGUAGAGGAUGGGUUGAGCCAAACAAUUCUUACGCUGCCUUUGCCACAGCAACAGUCUAUCUUGCUUAAUUGGUUUCAUCGGUUUCUAAACAAAGGAGAUGAUUGCCCCAAUAUUCAGAGAGCAUUUGAAGUUUGGUGGAGAAGAGCUUUCGUCAGACAGUAUGUAGUGGAGUCCCAGUUGCAGAUAACGGUCUGUGACUAUCCAAAUUGAAGCAUCCUAACACUCGACAUCAACAAGUGUACAUACGAAGCACCAUUCUUUAGGUUGAGCUAUCUGUAAUUUUCUUUGCGUAGACCCACUUGGGAUAUAUGAUUGCUACACUAUUUUUCAUUUUUUUCUGAUUGCCCAGGUCUUGUAACUUGAAAUAAUAUUUGGCAUGAAAAAAUUUGAGAAGAUGAAGUCUACUCACAAGUUUGAAUUGUGGGGUGUGCCGAUAUGUUAGGAACUGCUGUUGUAUAUUGAUUGCACUGUUGGAAGACAUUUUUGCUGACUUCUGAAAAGGAAUUAUGUUUUCUGGGUAUUGUAUUCAAAGCUUAUUUCAGCCAA